UACCGUAGCUCCCAACCUCUUUGGCUGUAAUCAUUGGCAGAAAAUUUAAACUGGGUUCUUUGGCAGUUUCAAGGAAACCCGAGGAGUUGCGGCUCGGCACCAGAAGCUGAGGGAAAAGGUUUUAUGUAUCAACAUUUGUGGGUGUGAUAUUGGCACCCAUAACUAUUUUUUCGAGGAGUUUACCCUAUCUCAGAUUGUUUAGGAGCAACAAUUUUGGUUGAGAAUCCUUUGGUUCAGUCCUUCUAAAAUGGCUGGCUGGGAACUUUGUCACAAUCUUGGGGCAACAUCUCUCUUACAUUGAAAGAACAUAGAGGAGCCAGAUCAAACCUACAACAAAACGACCAAGCUAUGAGUUCACAUAGAAGCGUUCCCUUGGUUGGGAAAUCUUUCUACUUGGACAUCCCCAGUGGCAAAAACUUGGAUUAUUUGUCAGAAAAUGUGAAACGUCUUGGAGGGGUUAUAGAAAGUUUUCUGAGUAAGGAAGUGACCUAUGUUGUUUCCAGCAGCCAAGAGGCCAGACGGGAGAUAUGGGCAGGGAAGCACGUGAACAGUGUGUUGAGGGAUACACACACCGGAGCCCUACCUUCUGCAAAACCCCAGCAGGAUCGUAGACGUCCCUUGCCAAAGCCAAUAGACACGGCCUUGAACAGUCGUGGGAAAAAGCUUUUGCAUAAAGCUAUUGGCAGUCAGGAUAACAUCCCUGGAAACAGCAUCCUUGCCAGCGCACGAUUGUGGGGGAUACAGGUUGUACAUGCAGAUGAAAUGCUGACCUAUAUACGACGGUUAUCUAAGAAGUAUCCUUCCAAGGCAAAGAUGAAAUUGUGUGUUUCUGGGUAUCAGCCUCAAAAAGUAGUCAAGCUGAGACCACAUUUCCUAAAAAUUGAAGAUAAAAGAAGGCAACUUCGUCCAUUUUUUAAACUCUUCAGUUAUUUUCCUCAACUAUAUUUCCUACCUCAGCGAAGACAGAGCCCCUUUAAACCUCCACAGAAAUCCUCCAUCUCAAAGGAAUCUAAUAGCCGCGGUCUAGCCAAUGGAGCAAGCCCCCUCUCUGAUGGCUGUUUCGUGCCCCAGAUGCAGAAAGGCUACUGCGAAUGUUGUGAUAGACCCUUUGCAGAACUGUGGAUGCAUCUUCACAGCCCACAACAUAAGGAAUUUGUGUCAGAUCCUUCCCACUAUGCUGUUGUGGAUAGCAUCAUUUCCCAGCUGACAAAUGAGUAUGUUUUCUUGGGCACUCCAUCUCCAAGGGUGCCUCCAGCUGCUGGUGAUGGAGAGUCCUUUGGAUUGCUAAAGGAGGUGAAUGAGAAUGCGAUAGUACCACCUUUAGAUCAAGCACUUCAAUUUUGCAUGUCUGCUGAGGGCUCAUCAGGACAGUUUGGUACCCCAAAGGACUCAACCCACUUCUUUGAGGACCAAGGCUUUCUUCAGUUAACAGCUCUGUCCCUGGAGGUGUUUGACAGCACUUUGCCCUUUGCCUUGCAGUCUCCAGGAUCAGCUUCUAACCUGCACGAAGAGGCCAGCAUGGUGGCAAACAGUGGCUCACAGGCCAUUGGCCCUGCUGAAGACAAAUGCAUUGCUGCACCUGAAAAGGAGAGGAUCUUAGCAAAGCCCGCUGCACUGUCUCACAAACGGAAAAAGUCCUGGAGCCCGUUAAGGCCAGCGAAAAAGAAACAAGCACUUACAUCAGACAAGAAGCAGUCAAGUUCAGACUUGGCCACUAAGGAGCAGCAGGUUGGCACACCACAAUAUGCUUUCCCAAAUUUGAGUGACAGCCAGGCAGCUCCCAGACGGCCUGGCCUGUGUGCAGCUCCAUCACAUACCCCCAUCUGUCUUUGUGCUCACCCACAUUUGCCUUUGGAAAACUGUUCCUGUCACUUGUCUGAGUCCGUUGCUAUAGACACUGAAUAUCUCAAAAGCCCAAUGCAGCAGCUAGACCAGGAGGAGGAGGAAUCUAUUCUAAGGAAUGGGACAUGUGCUGCCUCACUCCCUUGCAACUCUUCCAUUCCUAAUAUUGGAUUUAGAAGCCCACUUGACUUCCCCCCAGGCAAGCAAAUAGCCCCUACACUACAAGGAUCAGUGGUCCAGCACUCUCUACCUGAAAUAACUGAACUAGCUCAGCCUGUGUUGCCACAGCAACCAGGCCUAGGACCUAGCCCUUGCUUGUGUCUGCCUUCCAAUCAACUGACUUGUAUUUCAGCUGAAAAAAAGAGCUCUUCCUUCCUUUCAGAAUGGGAUGGACCACUUCUUUGUGCCAUGGCCGCGGCCUCCCACCUCCCUUCUGAGGCGCUGGUGGAUACUGCGCUGCUGGGGACCUGUGUCAGUAUGCAAGACAGCAACUAUGAAGCCCAUCUUUACUCUGUGCUUUGGCAGACACCCCAGCAAAACUUGCCCUGCGAGGAAAACAAUUCAGAUUUUCAGAACAGCUGCACAGAAUUGACAAGAGCUCCUUUUGCUACUGUGAGUGCAUGGAUGAGCUAGGCUGUUCCUGUAAACAUCCAAUUGUUUGCCUCUCUCUGCUUCCUUCACCAGUCCUAUCCGUUAAGAGAACUGUGUUCUUUUCCAUGUUGGGUGAUAGACUGGGUCAUUUGCUUUCAUCUGCUGUAAAAAUGAACUGUGGAGGGUGCACUUUUUGGAGAUGUUAAGUAAGCAUUCAAUGACCCCAGUGAAACUGCUGCAUUCCAUUGGGCCUGAGAUGAAAAAUAUACCUUGGGGCACAGGGAGGCAGCAGUAGAAGUCAUUUUCAGUAUCUAAUAGAAUAUAUAUUUCCACCGGAACAUCUGCCUAACAAAAAGUGGGGAAGGGAAUACUUUAGAACGGGAACCAGUCUAAAUAUUUCUUAUGUGGUGGAUUGGCUCUUUGGGUAAUGAGAGAUACAGAUGGGGAAUGUGACCUUUCUGCUUUCCAGACUUCAAACAAGGUUGUUCCUUUCUUUGGCAACCGGCGGUGGUUCAUCUUCCGGAGGUGCAGGAAAAGGCUCACUCUUGUGCGGAGGAGUUCGGGUGAUGGAAUUCUUUGGCUGGAAGAUCUCUUGGUAAUCCUCUGCAUUCUGGAUUUCGGCGGUGGAUUCCUUCUCUUCCCGGUCGUCUUCGCUGCUGGGGCUGCGCCUCUCGCUCUCCGAGUUGUGUUUGACUCGCUGAGGUUUGCUGCAUGCAGCGGAGGGCCGUUCGUAGAUGUGCCGCAGGGAGGAUCCGGUUGCUGGGAGCUGCUGUGCGAGGGGUCGGUCAUCCCGGAUCAGGCCCUGGAGGCCGGAGCCAGAUCUGGUGACGCGGUUGAGGUCCACCACGAAGGAGGAGACCACGCUUUGCGAGAAGGAGACACCGAUCAGCUGGUUGUUGCAGAUGGAGAGGUCGGCCACUUUGCCCCAGCUGAUGGGCACUACGUCAAAGCAGCGCUCCGGUUCCCAGCCGUAAACCCGCAGGGUGUCCUGGCAGCCGGCAAAGAGGCAGCAGCCGUCUGGGUUGAAGAGGACGCACCUGGCAGGUGUGGCUUCUUCCUCGAUGCAGCUCACCACCUGGAACUUCUCCAAGUCCCAGAACCUGAUCAUUCUGUCGGAGCUCCCCGAGGCCAAAAGGUAUUCGUUGGGAUGGAAUUCCACCAUGUUCACUGGCCCCAUGUGUCCCGCGAACUCAAACAUGAUCUUCCCAGCAGCCAAGUCCCAGAGCUUCACCGUGUGAUUGUCCGAGGAAGACGCCAGCCAUUUCCCAUCUGGGCUGAAGCGGAGGCAGCGGACGGCCUGCGAGUGGCCUUUGUACCUGAAGAUGCAGCCUUUCCUUCUCACAUCCCAAAGCUUAAUGUUGGUGUCCAUGGAUCCCGAGGCCACGAAACCCCCGAACGCAUGGAAGUCCAGGCUGCAGAUGUUGGCUUUGUGGCCCAUUAAGGUGCGGAGAAUUUUGGCAGCCUCCAGGUCCCAGAUGCAAAUAGAGCCGGACUGAGACCCGGCAACGAUCAGCUCUUCAUUGGUGUUGAUCUUCAUGCUCUCCACCAGCGUUGUUCCUUUCUGUAUAUUCAUGAUCCAAAUUCUUACACUUCCCCUAAAGAGCAACACAUGGACAUGAAUUUAUAUAGAGGGACACUUAAACCAUAAUAUUUGCUGUUUGUUUACUUUUCCCUUGUGAGAAGUAAAUCUAGAUUAGGGUGGUCAGAAGAAUGUGGGUCUCUUGAGUAACUGAAAAUUGUGGAUUACAUUUCUGGCUUGUUAGCACUUGCUUGUUAAGAAGCCUACAGUGACCCAUCUCUGCUGAUGAAUAUCUCUGUAGACCUUUUAACAAUGGGAUAGUACUGACUUCUUGGCCUAAUCAUUAUUAUCUGAUCCUUGUUUUAACUCCCAUUGUGUCCCAGGUUUCCCUAUGUGUGUUUUUUUAAGUUAGUGCGUGAAUCUACAGAAAUUUGUAGUGGUAUAUAUUUUGAUUGCUUUAAAAAAUAAAUAUGUUUCUUGACA